AAUUUCCACCAACUGCAGAAACUAAAAUUCUUUUUCCAGAGAUGAAAGAUGGGGAGUGUGUCUUUCCAUUCAGGCAUAAAAACCAAAUAUUUUAUGACUGCAUCAAGCUCAAGGCAAAACACAGUUGGUGCUCAUUAAACAAGACUUACGAAGGAUAUUGGAAGUAUUGCAACAAAGAUGACUUUGCAAAAUGUGUGUUUCCCUUUUGGUACAGACACCUGGUCUACUGGGAGUGUACAGAUGACGGGGAAGCAUUUGGAAAAAAAUGGUGUUCACUGACCAAGAAUUAUAACAAGGACAAAAUUUGGAAAUACUGUGACUGAUGGUGAGAUUGGGGAAGGAGGGGUAAAGAAGUUUGAUCAUCCUUGU